AUGACAACUUCUCGCAGCGCUAGCUGUGCCACCAGAGAUUCUGGGUUCUCGCUUAAAGGCUCUGUCGCAGCCGGCUGCGCCCGGGAGGGUCCGUGGGGCGUGCACAAUUGGCUAGCAUCGUCCAGGAGGUUUGGCCGGUUUCACCAGCCCCAGGAGGGAGCUGUUACCCAGGCCCGGAGCCGGGGCAGGGAGGGCAGCAGGCUGGAGGGUGCUACCCAGCUGGAGGUUGCCCUGGGCGGGGAGCAUGAGGACAACGUGUCCCGCCUCCGGAGCUCUUCCCUGGAGAUCAGAGAGAAGGGAUCAGAGAUCCUACGGGAACAACUGGAUGCUGCACAGAAGGAGCUGAAGCUGAAGGAUAAGGAGUGUGAGCGUCUGUCACUGAUCAGAGAUCAGCUGGAGCAGGAGCUGGAAGAGCUCACUGCCAGUCUAUUUGAGGAAGCUCACAAGAUGGUGCGGGAAGCCAACGUGAAACAAGCCGCAGCAGAGAAGCAGCUGAAGGAGGCUCAGGGCAAGAUUGAUGUCCUUCAGGCGGAGGUGUCAGCCCUGAAGACCAUGGUCCUAACCUCCACCCCGUCUUCCCCUAAUCGCCAGGCCCACCCUCAGCUCCUCUCCCCGGGCACCAGGUCCAAGGGGGCCGGCCCCCGCCAUGGAGGAGGACACACGCGCAACAAGAGCGCCAGCUGGGCCUUGCCAUUGGCCCCUGGUGGAACAGACUCGCACUCCCUGCAGCCAGUCAGAGAGGACAAAGAGGAACGAGGUGAGUCCUUUAUCACAUUUGCCUCUCCUGCUCUUGGUCGAUCCGCCCCAUCCUUCAGGGCCCAGAAGAUCCCUCCCUCGGCGCUGCAGCACUGUCAGCCCGGGACCUUAGAUGGUGUUGGUGAUGCUUUGUCUGGGGUCGAGGCUUUAUUUUGUCCGUACCACCUCAGGGCUUCCAUAGCUAUCAAGGCCACUGUCUGA